AUGGAUUUCCUUUUCUGUGAACCAGAAGUGAUCUUCACUGACCCAUUCGAAAGCGGGGGACCCACAGGGAGUCCCUGCAUCGCCAAGGGCGGAGGACGCGGCCAAUGCACCGAGAUUUCGGAAUGUCCAGGAAUCAGAGACACUUUCAGAACCAACCCCCCUGCCAACUGUGGGUUCAACGGGAAUUCCCCGAUCGUGUGUUGCCCAGUUGAAGAGGCAGCAUCUGGAGAUUCUGCCUUGGAUAUUUCGACUCCAAGUUCAUCUUCAAUCACCACAUGCGGUCGAAGUGCUGUCAAAUUCAUCUUCCCGAGGUUUAGGAGAGCUAAGGAAUUGCUUAAGGAAUUUGCGGCUCCUCCAGAUAUUACCGCAAGGCCACCGGUUGUCGGGGGAUUUGAGUCACAGAGGAAUGCGUGGCCAUGGAUGGCACUCAUAGGGAUCAAGAAAGAAGAUGGCUUUGACUGGUUCUGUUGAGGCGUUCUCAUCAAUGACCAAUGGGUUCUUACGGCAGCUCACUGCUUGGACACUAGGGUACCUACCACAGUCAGGCUUGGUAAACACAACUACGAAAGUGCGAGUGACGAUGCAAAUGAGGAAGACUUCGAAAUUUCGCAACUGGUUCGGCACCCAAAUUAUUCAUUCCCAGUCGCCUACCAUGACCUUGCUCUG